AUGGCCACACAAACACUGGCCUCAACAUGGUCUCCAACAAGCUGCCCAGCAUCAACUGAUCUUUGGGAGAUCUACCUUACGACUAGCGCUGUUUUCUUUCUCUUGGGACCUCUGACGGCAACCUCUGAGUGCGCGCCCUCUGGCUAUACCCCGACAGUACCUUAUUAUGCCGCAUCCUGUCCGACUGGUUAUACUUCGGCCUGUGCUCACGGUCUCGACGAUGCGACAACCGUGUGCUGCCCCACUGCGCGCGCCAUGACCUGUGCAUCAAGCGCAAAGGUGUACAGUUCGCUCACCCUAAGCUGCGAAGAGAGGUUUGCGAGUUCAUAUACGGCAGAGGUCACCACGACCUCGGUUUUCGUCACCACCGGUGAAACGGGGACUGCCACGGUUGUUUUCACGCCUGAUUUCGAUGCGGUCAACGGGUUUGGUCUCGAAUAUGUUCCAAUGACUUCUACGAGCAGUAGUUCAUCUACAACUGAAGCGACCACAACUGCGACGACUACUUCAUCCUCAGCCACCACGACAGCCACCUCAAUCAAUUCGGCCACGACAGAUAAGACCACUGGGAGCAGCCUGUCUGGUGGUGCAAUUGCCGGCAUCGUAGUCGCAGUCGUCGCUUUCAUUGUCACCAUCACUCUGGUUUGGAACCGCUCGAAGAUCACUGCAUGGAUCCACCGUCAUACUGCCCCACGAACAGAUAAGGCGGAUCAAAACACAUAUUCAAACACCUUCCAACCAGCUUGGGGACAGCAAACCACCGGAUAUCAUACAGCAGGCAUGGGUCAGCCUACAGAGCUAGAUUCAGCGUGGGGACCAUCGGAGCUGUCGUCGACGCCACAGGUCGUAGAGAAAGGCUGA